GCGUUCCCUUCCAGUCUCGCUCGAUUCUCGUGGCGCGUGGACGUUUGCGUAGCGCCGGGAAAUACAUCACGGUUUCCUUCUUUGUCCAGAAAUUGUAAUCUGGAAACGAAGGAGCAGGCUCGUGCUUGCGUACACGUUUGAAAACUUACUGUUGCGUGUGUGAAAUAACUGGUGAAAUCUGCUGGUGUAUCCCGUCGUGUGUGUGCGUUCAGUGAUUCCCGCAUAGUCGUUCGAGCAUGAAUAAUAAAGAAGCAGCCGGUGAUCUCGUCGCGUGGAUCUCGGGUGCGAGCUGGUGACCGGAGCGGAGUGCGGGUGUCGUGGGAUCCCUGUGAUGAGUCUGCGGUGACGGCUCGCCGCGGAGCGGUUGGAUGGCGGCAGUGACCGGCCCCGCGCGGCACUCUCGCGUGUCAAUGAGUGUGUCAAUGUCGCUGAUGCAGGGCGGAACGCCGACCGCGUCGCAGGGCGCCAUCCUGGCGGCGGCGGCGCCCUACUACCAGACGCCGGCCAUCCCCUCGGAUGUUCAGCCCGACCGGCCGAUAGGCUACGGCGCCUUCGGUGUCGUAUGGGCGGUGACGGACCCGCGCGACGGCCGGCGCGUGGCUCUGAAGAAGCUGCCCAACGUUUUCCAGUCGCUCGUCUCCUCCAAGCGCGUCUUCCGAGAGCUCAAGAUGCUGUGCUUCUUCAAACAUGAAAACGUACUAUCGGCGUUAGACAUCCUUCAGCCGCCCACGCUAGACUUCUUCCAAGAAAUAUACGUGAUCACGGAGCUAUUACAGAGCGACCUGCACAAGAUCAUCGUGUCGCCGCAACACCUCUCCGCCGACCACAUCAAAGUCUUCCUCUACCAAAUACUCAGAGGUUUAAAGUAUCUACACUCGGCUCGGAUCCUGCACCGCGACAUCAAGCCCGGCAACCUCCUGGUGAACAGCAACUGCGUGCUGAAGAUAUGCGACUUCGGGCUCGCCAGGGUCGAGGAGCCGGACGCCAGCAAGAACAUGACGCAGGAAGUGGUCACGCAGUACUACAGGGCACCUGAGAUCCUAAUGGGCGCCAACCACUACACGGCGGCCGUGGAUGUGUGGUCGGUCGGCUGCAUAUUCGGCGAGCUGCUCGGCAGGAGGAUCCUCUUCCAGGCUCAGAGUCCAGUGCAGCAGUUGGAGUUGAUAACGGAGCUGCUAGGCACACCAUCACUGGAGGACAUGCGGCACGCGUGCGCCGGUGCGCGCGCGCACAUGCUGCGCCGCGCGCCGCGCCCGCCCGCGCUCGCCGCGCUCUACACGCUCUCCGUGCAGGCCACGCACGAGGCCGUGCACCUGCUCGCUCAGAUGCUAGUAUUCGACCCGGCGAAGCGCAUUUCGGUGGUGGACGCGCUGGCGCACCCGUACCUGGAGGAGGGGCGGCUGCGCUACCACUCGUGCAUGUGCCUGUGCUGCUACAGCGCGCCACCCGCCGCGCGCCACUACUCGCCCGACCUGGAGCCCGUGGCGCAGCAGCCCUUCCACGACGGCUGGGAGCGCAAGCUCACCACAGUGCACCAGGUCAAAGAGGAAAUACACAAGUUCAUAGCGGAGCAGCUGCAAACGUCCCGCGUGCCGCUGUGCAUCAACCCGCAGUCCGCGGCGUUCAAGAGCUUCGCAAGCUCCACCGUGGCGCACCCCAGCGAGCUGCCCGUCGCCGCACCAGUGGGAAUGACCCGACCACAAGCGGCGCGCCCUCUACACCACCACGCGAUAACCACAACCAUGAUACACCACGCGAGGGCGAUUGUGCUGGCCGGGUUUUGACACGUCAGCUUGACGUACGAGCUCCGCGGUUUGAAAACUAAAACGAACUGUGCGGAGCGUAUAUCGCGGACUCAUUGACGACUAGGUAUCGAAGAUCUACGAUUGCUGGAACGUUAUUCUCAUGAAACCACAAUUGGCCAGGGAACAUUAGCAAAAAUGUGCCCAAAUGAGUUACGGGCCGCCGUGAAAAUACGGUGUCAUUAAUCCGCAGUGCAUUAGAAGCCCCGAAGGGUCCGGUCGCGUCGCGUUCAAACGGUGAUACGAAUUGAAUUAGUUGUAAUUCUGAGAAGUUUCUUUUUAGCGGACGAUUCGUUUUAAAAUAAGAAUGUGAUAGGACGCGGCGUAGUUUUUCUUCUUUGUUUACGUCUAUCGCGUGAUCUUAGUAAACGUUCUGUGCUGAUGCUGAUAAAAAUUUUGAGCAUGUUAUUUUAAUGACAAUUUGAUUUUAUGUACAAACAGAUGUAACUUGUACUUUGCAAAAAUGAUGACGUAACCUUAGUAAAUUUCGAUCGGCACAGAAUGAACUAGUCCCUUCGCUAGAUUGUGUUUAAAGAUUCCUUUGAUUUGCUUUCCAAUAAAACUGUAAUCGAUAGCUAUCUGUAACUAAAAUGUAAAAAACCGCACCAUACCUCAUCGCGAUAAUAUUGUAGAAGCGCAUUCGUGUUAGAUGUAAUCUAUACCCCUUUAAUUAAAAUUUCUGCACGAAUUGUUAUAAAAAGUUUCAGUUUUGGGGAUGCAACUGUAACAAAACCUUUAGUAGAAUCGCAGCGAGACUCCUUAUCAAUUAGAAAUGAUAAUAGACAUUCUGGUUUUGCUACAGUUUUCACCACAAGUAAUAAUGUUCAUAACACUCGUGCAGUCGUGAAAGCAAAACGAGGAUCUGUUAACUCUACAUGUGACGUCACUACCAAAUAUAUAUUUUGUCCUAAUUACUUAGCGUAGAGUAUAGCGUUGUGUGGGUAGUUUAGCUUAGAUUGGAGAACGAAUCGGCUAGCGGACGAGUCGACUGCGACACAACGAAAGUCGCCUCGACGACAUACGAAUAAGUCAUCUGUUAAGUGAAAAGGACACAGUGAAAGACAAGUGAAGCUUCGGCUUAAUGAACUAUGUACUCGUAUUAGUACCUACUUACGCUCGAUAUAAGAUGACUUGGUAAAGGUACGAUUGGUAUCUUCGCAUUGAAAUCGAGACUAGACUAGUUAUGUUCAUUAAUUUAGCGAUUCCAUGUAAUUAUACAUUUGUAUGUAAAUGUGUAGGUUUCAUUGUGUGCCUCAUUGUGUUUCGUAUGGACAUUGCUAGCAAUAAAUGUUGCAAUAUAAUCAAUUAAUUAAUAAUACGUAAUAAUCGAUUUUAAUUCGUUUUAUGUGACCGAAUUAUUGGAGUAUGAUUUGUUUGUGUUCUGUACGUUUAAUAUGUCUUGGGAAGGGUCCUGGGCGGCGCGUACUUAACGUGCUGGAGUUAUCUGGAGAAUCUCGGCCGCCAGCGCCUCUUCCUCCCCUACUUGUAACAUAAUAUUGUAUCUUAAGCUUACUCCUAAACACCAUUGUAUGUAACAUCGACUGAACAUUUUUACGUAGCUAGGAUAGAUAGAAUUAGAAGUAUUAAAACUACUAAUCCGUAAAUCCAAAAUCGUAAAUUGGAAAUCCGUGGUCUCUGCCUACCCCUCCGGGAAAUAGGCGUGAUUAUAUAUGUAUGUAUGUAUGUAUGUAAAACUACUAACCCGCUCUAUACGACAAGUAUAUAAAUAGAUGAAACGAGUUCUCUCGAAUACUAUCGCUGCGGUAGUGAGACGUAUAGGGAAUGUAAAUGUAAUGGAUACGUGUGUAUUUCGAGCAUUUAUAGAUUUAGUGGUUUGUAAUAAGUAUACUGGGGUGUGUUAGUGUGCGUGGUCACGUAGUUCUUCAUUGGCGAAUAAUAUAAUCGUACAGUAAUUAGUUCAAAAUUGAUGUUCUAUUUGUGUUGUCGCUCACGCCGCUAACAUAUGACUAGAAUAGUGACUGUGUGAGUGUCGAGAGACGUCGUAGCCUUAAAACUAGUUCAAAACUAUAACAAAAUGAAAAAAAUGUAAAUAAAUGAAAGUAUAGUAUUAUUGUUAGGCCCUAGUAUGGUUUGGGAGGUAACCCUUGUAGUAAACCCAUACAUGUAUGUACAUAGGUUCCACUGCUUGUUGCAACCGUAGCUUUUUCAAGCAAAAUGAUUUAAUAUAGAGCUCUUAUUCUUCAAAAAUGUAUUCAUAUAUUGGUUUAGAUCAAUUUGCCAACGAGAAUUAAUCAAUUAUAUGCUUUUAUUAAUUCCAUCGAGAUACGGAAAGGUACGAUGACUUUUUUCACUAUGAAAAGGUACAGUACCUCUCCUCGGUUACAGCAAGCAGCUAUAGUUGAAAUUAUUUCUUAUGAACGUGUCGUAACAAAAUGCAUUCUAAUAUCGUAUCUAAUAUCCAAGCAAGAAGAUUGAUUGUGCAAGUUCAUGGAAUAAUUUCAAGUAUAAAGAAGGUGCAGCAGGCUCUGUUCCGUCGUGCGCGGACACCUCGCCUUAGUUAACUGACACUGUGAUCCGCUAGGCGUAAUUAUUGGAACGGGGUCGCUACAAGCUCUAGCGAUGAUAGGUUUGACAGCAAGUAAUAGCCGCACGCUGCGUAGAGCGUUACUUUGUAGGGAAAAGGCAUUUCUAUAGAACGUGACGCUGUAUCUACAUAGGUAUAUGAUAUGAUGAGACGUUUAUUUUUUUAGAUUUUACUUUUCACCAUAACACAUUUUUGGGGUUUCUGUACCACAAUAAUUUGGAGUUAGAGAUACAUCCGAUGCGCGACUGUCACCUUAGGGAUGUAUUGAAACGUUUACUGAUUUAAAGGAAUUUGUAAUGUGAUCGUAGAAAAAACUUGUCACAUGCUUGACUCCAACAGUUUGUUAGAUAGGUACUUAUAUAUCGCUUUUAGAGCUUGUACCUGCCUCGAUACACACCCGUAUACAGUCACUCUUUGUAUUUGACCAUGUAUGUACAUAUAGUCAAGUGAUUAUUUCCCGUAUUUACAUAUUAUUGGUUUUAGAAUUCGCUUACCGAUCGACUUUUGUAAGCAAAGUAUAUUGCAGUCUAGUCUCUAACUUUAAAACUACAUGACAUCACAUUUUUAAGUUGAUUUCAAAAUGCCGUAGGGCUUUUUUUUAUUUAUGGAGCUAGACUGGGGUAUGCUUUAGAUAUAACUUUGUAAUGACGUUCGAUUGGAUUGUAUGUAAAUAAGAAUAUAAUAAGUAGAUGCAUAGAGGUAUUCGGCGUUUGUAAAAGGUUAGGUGCGCUCGCGCACACGCGGCGCCUGCGAACACGCUUCUUAUUUUAUGUCCCGAACAUACUUGAACUGUAUGAUACUUCACUGGAAGAAAUCCUCUUUUUUUAAACAUAUUUAAGUACAUAACAUUACUGUUGUAACUACUCGUAACCAAUGCGUCAUGAAAUAGAAAUUAAUAGCUUAAAACUACACAACAAUAGUUGACUCACAGAAUCUCAGGCAUCAUUAAAUUACUCAAAACAAAAGUUAGAUUCAAAUUUCUCUCCGGCAUUUUUUUUUGACACCUUCGUUUAAAAUGUACAAUGUCACGAUACUGAUACGGUUUAUGAAUACCAGUGCUUCAUUCCUUCCCAGUGAAGUGCGUGGUCCAGUGUGGUCGGGCUUAUGUAAUGUACGUAUCGCGUUUCCAGACUUUCAGAGAUCUCGUAUUGUUUAAGUUCCGCGUACACGACUGUCUUCACAUACACAAGUGACCUUUAGUUGUAGUUUAGUUUCCUACUCGUCGGCCACUCCUCGACUUUUCUACUAUUAUAAUAAUUUACUCGAAUAAGUCACUUGCGGGCUCGUUCCUGAUUUAAUUCAAUUGUGUAAAUAGUAAUAAUUACAAUAUAUAAGUUUCUUUCAGUAAUGAUCUUAGUUAAUGGUCCUACUCAAUACCACCACGUUUAUGUUAUAAUUUUAAUCCUGGUUUAUACUUAAAAACUUAUAAAAUAAUAAUUAAAAAAAUGAUAAAAUAUCGUAUUUUCUUGUGAUUAUUUUCUAUUUACCAGUCGUAAUGUACAUAGUAGGUAUUCUGUGCACUGAUAGUCGAUUUUAAGUUACUCUAACUCUAGGUUAAAAUAUCAAAUGGCUGUAUUAAUUCUCGUUAUAUCGCCCAAGACAAAAUGUUCACUUAUAAGACUUAGUAGUUGGAAUGUUUGCUUGAUGUGACCUCGAAUCUGUCAACGUUUCCUAUGUAUAGUUUGUUUUAGUUUAAUUUUGUAACGGACUCUAGUGUUUAGUUCCGAAAUGUGACAGAGUGUGUAAUGUAAAUAUUAUGAUACGUGUUUCUGUCGUGUACGGAAUUAGUUGCAUUUUACCAUUGUUGCGACCUGCCAAAACUAUUGUAAUAAUUUUGUAGCGUUAUGUCCGCGGCCAAGGCGUUACUGCUGAGCCAUUAUGGACUCUAGUUGGCAGGUAAUAAGGGUCAGUUGGUAACGCGCUGGUCGCGGCGUAGAGCGCGAGCAAGCAGCUGUAACAUCGGGCUCGCUGUACUGUAACAAUAAAACUACUGCAUAAUUA